GAAUUUUGUGAUGUGCGAAUUUUAUUUUUAUUUUUUAAAGGGGGGAAAACGACGCCAAUGGAGGAGUCAUCGGAACUGAAACAAUGAAAUGGAGCGGAGUGUCGCCUGUCCCCGUCGCACCCAUCUGAAGGAACUUUGAGCCCUUGAACGGUGCACCUAGAGGGCCUGGAAAAGCGAUCCCGGAGGCAGGAUCUAGAAAGACACACGUCCCGGGAUUCUAUGGGAACGCGGUUAAGGUGGCGAUCCGGGAUCUCUUAGGACUGGGGAGGCUCAGAAGUUGGCCGGGCCAAGCGGAGAUUUAAAGGUUGGAGCGCAGACGCUCUUAAAGGGGCCGGGACGAAUUCCCAUUCUGCGUCCACCUUAAAGCCAGCGCCGCGGCGCCACGGGUCGGACCCGGGUCUGACCCACCGGAAACAUGGCAACCAGCGCGGUCCCCAGUGACAACCUCCCCACAUACAAGCUGGUGGUGGUGGGGGAUGGGGGCGUGGGCAAGAGUGCCCUCACCAUCCAGUUUUUCCAGAAGAUCUUUGUGCCUGACUACGACCCCACCAUCGAAGACUCCUACCUGAAACAUACAGAGAUUGACAAUCAAUGGGCCAUCUUGGACGUUCUGGACACAGCCGGGCAGGAGGAGUUCAGCGCCAUGCGGGAGCAGUACAUGCGCACGGGGGAUGGCUUCCUCAUCGUCUACUCCGUCACAGACAAGGCCAGCUUCGAGCACGUGGACCGCUUCCACCAGCUCAUCCUGCGCGUCAAGGACAGGGAGUCAUUCCCAAUGAUCCUCGUGGCCAACAAGGUCGAUUUGAUGCAUUUGAGGAAAAUCACCAGGGAGCAAGGAAAAGAAAUGGCGACCAAACACAACAUUCCAUACAUAGAAACUAGUGCCAAGGACCCACCUCUCAAUGUGGACAGAGCCUUCCAUGACCUGGUGAGAGUGAUUAGGCAACAGAUUCCGGAAAAAAGACAGAAGAAGAAGAAGAAAACCAAAUGGCGGGGAGACCGGGCCACUGGCACCCAUAAACUUCAGUGUGUGAUAUUAUGAUGGGCCUGAAGCCCAGGGCACAGUGACAGUGAGCUGGCCAGCCCUCGGGACCCCUCCACUGCCUAACCUCACUGAAAACCAUUUCUAACCAUAACCCUUGACCUGAGGACUUGGCACAGGAAGGGAGAAAGGGAGGGUGGGCAGGGAGGAAAUGGGGUCCGGCUUCCCUGAAAGGGCACAGGUUUUUCCAUGUCUCACAAGACACAAGGAAGCAACGCUACACAGAAGUAGCAUCAAAGCCCCUCGUGUCGAUUCCUCCCGGUUCCUCCCUGUUUCUUGGCUGUGUUGUUUCUUUGAACCAGUGUCGGUCCGAUGUGGAAGUGUUUAUCCACCAUGUGCAGAGUACAAAACAAGCCAUGACCCAGCUCCCCCUUGUCUCCAGUCCUCGGUGUCCGAGCCUGGGUGUUUUUUGUAGAUUUUUAAAAUUAUUUUAGUGAUUAUUGUCUCAAGGGGGUCUGCUCACUGCCUGGUGAAGUUUCAAGUCUGCGGCAGGUCUCUCUGACAACGUGUCUGGAAUAUCACCGUUGUUGUUUUUACCUGAGUCUUCCCAGCAGUGCCAGGCUCACUAUGAACGUAGAACGAGUGAGAGGCCGGAAGUUCACAGGGACCCAAGCUGGAGGCCUCAGGGGAAGCAGGCCCUGCUCACGGCCUGGAAACUGGAGAGACAAGAUGUGUUUACCUGGAGGGUUUGACUGCAGAUACUGGGAAACAGAAUUCGAUUCUGCAGGGAGGAGAGGCUGGCAAGAGCAUGUCAGUUCCAAAGGGCUUCAUUAUCCUGGAAAUGUAUAAACUGAAGUAAGCAGAUCUGCCCAGUGUUCCUGUCUUUCUCAGUCAGCGUGGGUUCAGUUCUGUUCUUCCCGCCGGCAACAGGGCCGCCGGGCUGCCGGCGCCUCUCCGACAGACACUGACAGGCCUGCAGCCUCCACAUCAGAGUGAGCUGAUGUGGCUGCCAUCCAGGACAUUCUAGUUCGUGCUGAAUCUUAACCAAAAGUGAUCGGUGCUGUUAUUACUAAAACAGCGCCAAGACCUGAAACCAUUUUUCCUCUGAAUCAACUGACAACCACUUCUGAAGCCCAGUAAAUCAUUUGCAAACUUAGUAUUAGGUUGCCUCUCUGGAACAUACUUUUAUUAACCUUUCAGAUCUUAACUAUAAUAUACGAUCAGAGGAAAAAGGAAGCUUGAGGUGAUCACAUUGCUCCCAUACACCUGUUUCUACAAGGGGACAGUCCCCCAACUCCCUGAUGGCGUCCACCUCCUCGGGUGCUGCUGAUGAGAGCCAAAG